AUGCCUUUAAUAGAAGUUCGCCGAAUAAUCCGGCUACGGCUGACGUUCGAAACUCAGGUCGACCCCGAAGCAGCUCGGGCGAUAGGAAACAUAGUUGCAAACGCCAUGCUCGAAGCUCGAGUCGGAUAUUUCGGAAUCUGUAUCAACCCGGAUGGUGGUUCUUGGCUUUGUAGUGGCAAUGCGUCCUCCCUUGCAGCCCAAGUAAGUGUUGACCAAGACCCCCUUAACCUCAUUUGGGUGUCAGAUACUUUCCGGGACAGUAUCGUCUUCCCGUAUCUGCUUAUCGUGGCAAUACUCCUUGCUACGAUUGUUUUGGUUAUGCUCGCAACAUUUCCGACCUAUAAUAGUGAAGAAGAGAGAAUGCCAAGCCGAUUCGUUUCGCAAAUCGCACUGGCAAUCAUCUUCAUAUCUGCGAUAUUUGUCCUAGUUUCUGUCUUGUGGCAGCAUACUGCAUCGAUUGCUGCAGCCACAAUUGCAGAAAAUCUUGGAAAUGGGUCGAUACAGACUGGCGUUGGCGUCACAGCACUUGUUCUGGGUUGGUUCGGCUUUGCUUUACUUAUUCUAGUGACAAUUGGAUUGCUAGUAAUGAUACUCUCAAGAAACCUGGUUGACAAACAAAUAGUCGAUGACGAUGAAUAG